AAAACUAUUUGGGUAGCUGUAGCAAUCACAUAAGGUAAGACCUACUACCCAUGUGAUUGGAGCGUGUGAAUUAAUAGGCGCGUCAGGCAUUGCUUUGUUCUACUGCUCACUUCCCUCCCUCCACUGACAAAUACAAAGAAAUGGAGUAAAAGAGUGUCACUCACUUGGGAAAUGGACACCCAGAAGCAGCUACCAAGCAAGCUCUAGGGCUUUCUGCCAUUUUCAAAGCCAACAUCUGCUAAUUAGUACCAUCCAACCUUUUGCAAUAUUAGCCACCCCAGUAAGAGGCAGAGAUCUUUCUGUUUUUAAUUUGCAGAAAAAGUUAAUCAAGAAAUAUUGGGUUUUUCAUCAAACAAACAGAAAUGGGGUUCAUCUGUGCUCUGCUGGGUCCAGUAUGCCUACAGUUAAUCAGCUAUUAACACAAAGACCCUCCUUUAAUCAUUGGCAAUUUGGCAUUGAUGCAAAGUAAAAAUUAACAAGCGGCAAUGAGACGUGGCUAACUCUUGCUGGCCCCUUGUGUCUUAAAUCUUUGUUUGGAACAUAGUAUAAAGGUGGGCAAAGGAGAAGGGCAAUUGAAAAGGUGUUGUGGGUCAGGGGAUUUGAAAGGGAGAUUGAAUUAGGACAACACAAUCAGCGGUUAUAACAAAUAGAUGUCGAAGAUGCAGACACCAAAAGCAAACAGAACUGGCUCUUUGGAAGUGCCUCAAAGGAGAUCUCCAGUAACACCUCGAACUACCAAGACACCUGGAUCAGAGCCUGAUUCGAUAUCUUCUCCAAAUAUGGCAAAGAGGACUCCGAAAAACAGAAGUCCAAAAGUCAUUGAGCGCAGGUCACCACAAAGCCCAGUACCUGAGCUUCAGAAAAAGCAACCGAAAAGAGUUUCAGAAUUGGAAACGCAACUUGCUCAACUCCAAGAGGAUCUGAAGAAGACAAAGGACCAGUUGAACUCAACUGAGUCGCUGAAGAGGCAAUCCCAGCAGGAGGCUGAAGAAGCGAAGAACCAGAUAUUAGCCAUGUCUGCGAAGCUUGAAGAAUCCGAACAGCAACUUUUGGAACUUUCUACUUCUGAAGAUGCUCGUCUUCAAGAACUUCGUAUACUGUCUCAGGAUCGGGAUAGAGCAUGGGAGUCUGAACUCGACGCUGUCCAAAAGCAGCGUGCUAUGGAUUCUACUGCCCUGGCUUCUGCUAUGAAUGAAAUUCAGAAUCUAAAGGGACAGCUCGAAAGGGUGGCUGAGUCUGAAGACGCCCAAAACAGGCAUGCAGAGUCAGCAUAUGGUGAGAUCCAGACCUUGAGAAUGGAACUUUCCGAAACUUUAUCUCUGGUUGAGAAAUUGAAGACUGAGCUCAAUGAAUGCAAAGAAUCUGAAUCCCAGGCCCUAGAAGUUAUACAAAGCACUCAUAUGCAAUUGGAAGCCGCAAAUGCAACCAUAGAAAUGCUCAAAUUGAAUGGGAUGAAAGCCAUGGAGUCUUACAACUCCCUACCAUUGGAGUUGGAGCAAUCCAAUGCUCGAGUUAAAUCACUGGAGGGUCUUGUGAGCAAACUUCAAGCAGAACUGAUUAAUAGGAACGGAAAUCAUUUGGUAAACUCUGCAGACAAUGUAAAACUUGUUAAGGAAGGUGAAGAAAAUGAAGAAAGAAGACAGUUACAAGCAGAACUGAAUUCUUUGAAAUCUGAAGUGGGUCAAUUGAGAUCUGCAUUGGAUGUGGCUGAGGUCAGGUACCAGGAAGAAUACAUACAGAGCACAUUACAGAUUAGGAAUGUGUACGAGAAACUUGACGCUGCGAAAUCUGAAGCGUCGGAGAGGGAAGCUGAGCUGGCAGCAGAAAUGAAGAAAGCAAAGGAUCAUAUUGAAGACUUGAGAGCACAGCUAAUGGAUAAGGAAACUGAAUUAGAGAGUACAUCGGAGAAAAAUGAUGGGGUUGCCGUGAAAAUUGAGAAAAAUAUAACUGAAAAUGAAUCCACAAUUGCACUGGAGCUAAAGAAGUCGGAGACUGUAAUGGUAGAGUUAAAGGCGAGUUUGUUGGAUAAGGAGACAGAAUUGCAGAAUAUAGCUGAGGAGAAUGAAAUGCUCAAGAUGGAACUUAAAACCAAGGAAACGGAGAGGAAUAAAGUUAAUGAUGAUGCUGUUGUUUUGGCAGAAGCUGCAAGGGCUGCAGAGCGAGAGGCUUUGAUGAAACUUGGCUAUGUGACAGAGGAAGCAGAUAAAAGUACCAGGAGAGCUGCACGGGUGACUGAGCAGCUGGAUGCAGCACAGGCUGCAAAUUCUGAAAUGGAAGCUGAGUUAAGGAAGUUAAAAGUGCAGGCGGAUCAGUGGAGGAAGGCCGCUGAGGCAGCUGCUGCCAUGCUUUCAACUGGAAACAAUGGGAAACUUGUCGAGAGAACAGGUUCUCUUGACUGCAACAACUACAAUCCCUUGAGUUCGCCUUAUUCAGAAGACAUGAAUGAUGACUCGCCGAAGAAGAAAAACGGGAAUAUGUUAAAGAAGAUCGGCGUCUUAUGGAAGAAGGGCCAAAACUAGUCGGAAUUAUGGGACAAGUUGCUUAUCAUUGCUCGUUAUUUUUUUGUUGGAUUCAGUAUGUUCUGUUGUAAUCUUGACAGGUAUUUUGGAGGGUACCCAAGUUUCGUAUGGAGGUAAAGACCGAUGUUUGUAGACUGUAUAGGUAUGUGGAAACUGGCGAACCUUUUAAAAGUCCUAUCUCACCUGAUGUAUCGCUAUGGAUUAGACUUGAUUAAUGUUGUAUUUUACUUUUGAGUCUUUCCAUCUAUGUUAAUAAAAGCACAAUGCAGUUCGUAUUUCAUUACCA